AUGAAGACGGCGGUACUUUUGUCGCUACUUAGUGCUGCGCUUGCUGCUCCCGUGGCCAAUAGAUUUGACGACGCUAUUAACAAUUACCAGAAUAAUGCUGAUUUGGGUUUAGCGAGUAACAGCACAAACUCUGAUAAUGCUAAUGCUAAUGCGAACGCGAAUGCCAACUCUGGAAACAUAGAUGUCGAUGCCAACAAAGUGAGCUCAUAUCUCAACUCGAUAGCAUCCAAAGCCUUUGUUACUACGAAGUCGAGCAAGAGUAACGACUAUGACGACACAUACAAUAGCAAAUUCAGCACUAUAGAUUUAUCAUCCAGUAAGAGCUCGGAUAAAAAUGAUUUCGAUUGGUUGAGCUCAUCUGUAGUUCAAUCUACUCCAAGCAUAUCUUCAAUAUAUUCCUCCAAUGCAUAUGAUACCCAAAUUCCAUCACAAGUAGUUUCAUCAAAUGAUUUCCAGCUAAAUUCUGAAAUUGUUUCCAGUGUUCCAUCAGCUGAACAAAUAUCCUCUGAUACAAUUUCAAGUGUUCCAUCAGCGGAACAAAUAUCCUCUGAUACAAUUUCAAGUGUACCAUCAGCGGAACAAAUUCCCUCUAAUGUCAUUAGUGUACCAUCAAGUAUCGAUAGCUCUUUCUCAGUCACCCCACUAUCCAGUAGCUCUUCUAGCUCAGAAGAGCCUACACAAUACCCUAUAUCGAGUUCCAUAUCUUCUCAAAUUGAGCAGAGCUCGGUUAUACCUUCUCCUGUUGAAAGUGUGUCAUCACAAAUUGAGAGUGAUUCAUCAUCAUCAAUUUCUGAUUAUCUUUCCAGUUCUACACCAACCCCCAUUCCAUCUCCACCCGCUGAGUCCACAGAGCGCUCAGAACUGGAAUCUUCAAUCUCUAUAUCCAUCCCACCAAUUGUUCCACCUACUACAAGUUCUGAAAUUGUCUCCUCUUUGGAACCAUCUUCAGUACCUUUCCAAUCAUCCUCAGAGGAUAAUACCUCAACUUAUAUAAGCUCUCAAGCUCAGGUUGUGCCAUCCUCAGUAGAGUCUAUUGAGCCAUCAUCAGUACCUAGUGAGGUUCCAAUAUCUACAACAACAACCUCGUCUCCAUCACAAAUAUCAUCUGAGUACUUAUCACCAACUCCAAGUAUUUUCGAAAGCCCAAUUUCUCAAGAAAGUACUAUUAGUUCUGGUAGCUCUUUUGUGGAAAGCGUCAUAUCGUCUGAGCUUCCAAAACCUCCACAACCGAUCAUCUCAUCCGAUACUAGCACUGAAAGUAGUAUUCUACCACAACCUUCCCCUAGCAGUGUAGAAUCAAACACAAUAAGUUUCCCAUCUUCAGCAGUUGUUACAACAACUCCACAACCUCCACCAGUAGUAGAAUCUAGCGAAUCACCACUAGCAUCAUCUUCAUCUUCCUCACAAAUUAUAGUAAGCAGCGUUGAUGUGCCCCCUUCAGCUUCAGUUCCUGUUGCAAGUUCUAUCCCUUCUGUUUCAGUAUCUAGUGACCCAGUUGCACCAUCUAGCGUCAUUCCAGUUGAUAUACCUUCCUCGUCUUCAUCUUCUCCACCAUAUGUUACACCUUCACCCUCAACCAUAAUAUCAGUUCCCUCUCCAUUGCCUAUAGAUUCAUCAGAUACCAUUACAUCUUCCCAGAUCAUUCCAAGUCCUGAAGUACCUUCUCCAUCGUCUGCCAUCCCUUCCAGCUCCGUAAGCCAACCUCCUAUUGAGAUACCAUCCUCAUCCUCUGAGUCAUCCAGCUCCUCUACUUCAAGUAAUUCCAAUGCUUGGAUUCCCACCAGUCUCAUCAUUGCACCAACUGAAACUGAAAGUGAGAGUACACCAACUGAAUCUAACGAUGGCACACAGUUAAGCUCCUUACCUAAAGUAAUUUAUGGUAGCGCAUACUCAGAAUCUGUUCCAGAAGGUUACUCUGUCAUAACCAUUGGUUUCAAGAAACCAUUAAAUUAUCCAUUUGUGGUGUCAGAAUCCAAGUCCUCUGCGCAGAUCAUGUAUUAUCUACCAAAGUUACUAAAUGCAAACUUUGAGAGUAUAUUUUCAGAUAUCAAGACAGUUCAAUUAAUGCCAUUAGAAAUUCAAGAUAGCGGCUACUUGAGUACCGUUGCUCUUUUAUUUUUCCCAACUAGCGAAAUCCAAUCUCUUUCCAAUAUGGUGAAGAACACGUCCAGUAGUUUAUACAGCACACAGUAUGAAACUAUUACACAAUCACUUUCUGCUUUAAUUGAUCCAAGAAUACCUGUUACAGGGUUAACGGACACUAAAACAAACAAUGCAGGAUCAUCAUCUUCAUCAAGCUCUAACAGCAAUGGCCGUUCAUCAAAUAGCAAUCAGGACACUGAGCAUUCCUCUAGUUUUGGAAACAUAAAUAGCGGAUCACUUGAUUACAUACCUAGCUCCAAGUCUGCCUCUAGUGAUGGCACACAAUCCAAGACUAAGAAACGGAUAAUACCAAUUAUUGUUGGUACGAUUGCUGGAGGUAUGGCUGUCAUAAUAAUGCUCUUCCUAUUCUUCAGAUACCAUGCCAUGAAAAGGAGAGAACAGUUGAAUCAAGAGAGAUUAGCAAGGUUAAACUUUGAAAGAGCUAGUUCCUGCUCUGAUGAUUCGAUUGAAAGGUAUAAUAAUGAAAAACAACAGUACUCCGAUGAUGUAUCAUCUCUGUCUCCUUCGAUGAAAAUCAAUAAAUGGAUGAAUGAUAAUCACAAUGUAGAACACUCGACAACUACUACUGACGUAAACGGUAGUAAAAAAAUCAUUAAGAUUUCUAUGCCAAUUGCAACUCAGAAUUCUCUGGGAUGGAAUGAUAUUUAA